AUGGCCUGCACAUCCAACCAAUCUCCCGAGCUACUCCCGCUAGCCCAUUUUGUAACAUCGCCAUCUGGUAGCGCUAUUUUGAAGGGCCUAUCGCCUUUUUCUCUCAGCACAGCUGCCAAAUACGAAUUAGAAAAGCUCGGACAUCCCGAUAACUCCAGCACGAAUGUUUACAAUCAACCAAAUGACAUACUUGAGGAACUGUCACUAACAGAUGAUCUAAAGCGCUCUUUAGUUGAUGCAUGCCAAGUCUUAAAGAAACUCAAAAAUGGCAACACAUUUGUAUAUAGGGAGGCUAUUACGGCAAUUAAGGAGCUAAGGAGGCUGGCAGUUGAACAAUUUUCUAAUGGCAAAUUUUCUGAGGCAUUGAUCCUGGCCCAUCAGUCCUUGUCCUUGGGCCGCCAAUAUCACGGCUCACUCAACAAUGUUAUGCUUACAUCUGAAAUGUCCACAGAGCUUUAUAUAAUUGCCCAUUGCUUUGCUAAAGCCGAUAAGCUAGAAAGUGGACUGCCUUUCCUUAAAGAACUCAGAUAUUUGGUAGAAAUGGCAAUUAGGGGCGAUGGUAAAAUCUCCAGUGAUAAACUGCCACACCUCACCUACUUAGUGGCCAAACUUUAUACUGCAUAUAAUGACCAGCAAGCAUCAAACUUGUUUUUUUACAAAUAUAUAGAACUAAUCAAGUCACAAAAGCAAGACUCAAAAAAAAGUGAGGCUGAGCACAAAAUUGAAUUAUGCGAUGCGCUACAACGCGUUUGUGUGGAAAUGGUGGCUUGUAGGCAGUAUGAAAGAGCCCUCGAAUUAGCAACUGAAGUCCUGGAGAUAAGGAUAUCCAUUUAUGGCGAUUUCAAGUGUCAAAAUCCUAAAGUUGCAGACGCAUAUUGCAACGUGGGCCUCUUGUAUCGCUUGAACGGCAACCCGGUAGAUGGUCUGCAUAAAUUAAUUUGCGGUCUAGAUAUGCAUAUGAGAAUACACAAGAACCGUAACCAUCCUAAAGUGCAAAAUGCGCUUCUUUCUAUCGCGUGCUGCUACCACGUAAUGGGGGAUCUCACAAGCUCUUACAACCUUUACAGCGAAGUGUUCGCGACCCGUCAACUCAGUUUGGGUGUUAAUCACCCUUCCACCAAAAGUGUACAAAAAUUGCUAAAUAAAUGCACUCCAAAAGCUCCCGCACCUGAUAUGCCUAUAGUUGCCACGUCUAACACAGGAACGGUGGCAGAAAGGCUAAAAAAUGUAUUAUUUAAACCAGAAAUUGAGUACUCUUUUAGAACGCCAUAUAAAAAUUAUCCUGUUUUACCGCAGCUCCACAGAUUCACGCCUAGUUACUAUAGCGUGUGUAGCCAGUACUUUGACAAGUACCCUCCCAGUAAAACCUUUACCGCGGGAGGGGCCAAAAUCUUGCCUUUCGUCAACGUCCCACACCUAUCUUGCGGUCAGGCAACGCUGGAUGGCUCUGGAGAGCCUGUGAUGGAGCUUAGUAGUGAGGGGGAGGAGCUACUCUCUUCUUGGGGGAUAAAGGGCGUAAAAGUGUCACCAAAUGGUGAGGUCACCGUGCCGAGCCUAACUGGCAGGGUUGCCGGAUUAAAGGUUGUCAUACCAUACGUCAAGGAUGGAGAGUUACUGCUGGGCUAUCAUGGCAGGCACCUGUACUUGCCAAAUCCUGCCAUUGCCCACAUUGAUGAUUUUUCGUUUCAGCCUGCUGAAAUACCUACUGACGCCGAAGUGUCUACCGCUAGUGAAAAAUUACCUGAUACUGACGCCAAAGUGUCUACUGCUAGUGAAAAAUUACCUGAUACUGACGCCGAAGUAUCUACUGCUAGUGAAAAAUUACCUGAUACUGAUGCCAAAGUGUCUACUGCUAGUGAAAAAUUACCUGAUACUGACGCCAAAGUGUCUACCGCUAGUGAAAAAUUACCUGAUACUGACGCCAAAGUGUCUACUGCUAGUGGAAAAUUACCUGAUACUGACGCCAAAGUGUCUACUGCUAGUGGAAAAUUACCUGAUACUGACGCCAAAGUGUCUGUUGUUGAUGGUCAUGGACCUGUGGGCAAACAUGAAUCGGUUGAGGAGGCAAAGCUGACGAGUAGGCAAAAGUUUGGAGUUACAAGGUCCAUUUUGAAGAAACUCACUCGUUCCUUUAGCAAGGCAGAAGCGGCGCCUACUACUCAACCUGCCGCCGGCUCUGGCUCCAGCAAUGAUUCUGGAGAGGCAUCUGGCAAAAAUGAAAGUUAUGAGGAAAGAAGCCCAGUUCAAGAAGAAGAGUCCGUGUCUCUAGAGUCUAAACUUGGAUCAUUCAGUGCAAAAAUAGGAUCAUUGGCCGAAGCGUUAAAGACCUGCAAAGUACCCGCCAAUACAUUCCGGCCAGUGGUGCGGAGAACCCCAUCACACCUAACAGCUAUACCCACUGUAAGCGUGCAUUCAGACAUCUUACAAUUGAACUCCCUCAAGGACAGGUUGCCCUUGGAGGUUGCCUGCAAAGUCUUUGCAAUUUCCACAAUUCCCAAGUCCGGCGCUAACUCCAACUCGCACACUACGGGGUCUUACUUGAUGGACAAGGAUUUGGUGCCUAUCGUACAAGUGCCCUGGCAGAUUGAUUUGACUAUGCUAAAGAUGACUGCAAAGGCAGUCAAAAAAACUUCCUUGCUGGAGUACGAGUUUGCAUCCGCCAGUGACAGCGCGAGGUUGGUAUACGCUAAGGCUAUGGAAGGAGACGGGCUUAGGGAACUGGGUUUUGGCAAGCCUCUAUCUCCGUACCACGAGCAAGAUCUUGAUUUUGGAGUCUUGCAUAUCCCGGAAACCGCACUAAAGAAAUUUGUACCAAAGCCUUCUUCACAAUCCCCUAGAUUGGGGGUCACAAAGGCUGUCACUAAGAAGGCAAUGCCAACGCCCAAGGGCAAGGGCAAAUUUGGCAUGAAGGCACCUCCCAAAUCGAUGCCGCCCGUAUCAACAAAAAAGGCAUCUGCAGGGGUCUUUAAGGAUACUGGUAAAAACAGGCGCUUUUUUUGGGAUCCAAUCUUCGGCGAUGAUGCUAAGGGGACGAUGUUUGAAGACAUGAAAUUUGACCAGAUCCAUAUUGAGAAAUCAGUGGUUGAAGACACUUUUGCCAAGGCCCCGCCAAAAGAGAAAUCUUCUGUUCCCAAGCAAACUAUUAUACAGCUGCUACCAAAUCCAAAGAGAUCAUACAAUAUGAAUAUAGCACUUUCAAAGUUCAGUAAUUAUACCUUCCACGAAAUGCGUCAGGCUAUCAUUAAUUUGGAUGCUGAUAUACUAAAUGCGGAGGCCACCGAGUCAUUGCUCAAUUUUACGCCUACCAGCGAAGAACUAUCUAUCAUGAAGGAAUAUGUGGAUAGCGGUGGGGAUCUUACGCGCGUUGACCGACCGGAACAAUUUGUGGCUGCGAUGAUUGGUAUUCCGCUGCUGCAAAAUCGCCUAGAUGCGCACUAUGUGGCCCUGUGCUUUAGGGAAAGAUACGAAGAGAUUAUGACACCUCUUAACAAUUUGAGCGAAGCGUGCGAUACCGUGAUUAAUAGCCAAAAACUCAAGGCAUUUUCAAUGGCAAUACUCAGGAUUGGAAAUGCAAUCAACGAGGGGGAUCCCAAAAAGGGAAAUGCCACUGGGUUCAGGGCCACCACUUUUAACAAGCUUGUUGAAUUUAAGACCACCACUAAACCGAUUAGGACUCUGUUACGCUACAUUAUAGACUCUAUCGCCACCUAUGAUGAAGAUACAGUUAACAACCUCUACGCUGAUAUGCUUAUUUGUGAAAAGGCAAUCAGGGUGGACGUGCCUACAGUUGAAGGAAACAUUGCCAAAUUGGUCGCCUCAUUUAACAAGAUCCAAUUGGCGGUUUCGGAGGCCAAAAAAUUGAAUGAUCCUUUGGCGGAAAUAAUGAAGGAAUUCGUUGAACAGGUUGAAACGCGUGUCUCUGCCCUUAGCGAUAACUUUAAGGAGGUCAUGGAUCAUUUUAGGGAAAUGGCCGGGUACCUAGGCUAUGGGGAUAAUGAACUGAAAAAAUUAACACCUGAAGAAGUGUUUGGAACCCUAUGGAACUUCGCCAAAAAUGUCGAGACCACAAGAAAGAUCAGGAAAGAUGAGAUCGAGCGACAGGCGAGGAAGGAUGCUGCGGAACAAAAGAAGAAGAUGCAACCGCAAUCUGAGGCCAAAACUUCGGCCACAAAGACAAAGUAUACCAAGGCUCAGCCCAAAAUACUGACCAAUAAAUUGGAUGAUACUCUCAAGCGACUUUGA